AUGCUGCAAGCCGCGGAGGAAAUCGCCAAGUCCUUAGGGGAAGACGCGGUCACCUACGACAACGACGUGCUCGAACACCACGGCCAUUCAGAGUGGUCGACCUCUAACUCGCCCGGACGUGCUGUCGCGGUUGUCUACCCCAAGUCCACCGAGGACGUAUCGGCGAUCGCCCGGAUCUGCCACCGCCGCAACGUGCCCAUGGUGCCCUUCGGAGCAGGAUCCAGCGUGGAGGGCAACUUCUCACAGCCCCACUCCGGCAUCUGCAUCGACUUCUCCUUCAUGGAUCAGAUUGUCGCGUUCCACCCCGAUGACAUGGACGUGGUCGUGCAGCCGGGAGUCAACUGGAUGGACCUCAACAAGCGCAUCGCCAGCAGCGGCCUGUUCGCACCCAUGGACCCCUCACCGACCGCCACCGUCGGCGGCAUGGUCUCGACCAACUGCUCCGGUACCAACGCCUUCCGCUACGGCACCAUGAAGGACUGGGUCCUCAACCUCACCGUGGUCCUCGCCGACGGGUCCGUCAUCAAAACCCGGCGGCGCCCGCGGAAGACCUCGGCCGGGUACAACCUGACGGGCCUUUUCGUCGGUGCGGAGGGCACCCUGGGGAUGGUGACAGAAGCCACACUCAAACUAGCGCCCAUCCCACAGGACACCAGCGUGGCGGUGGUAUCCUUCCCCUCCAUCCACGCAGCCGCCGCCGCAGCCACCACACUCAUCCGCUCCGGCAUCCCGCUGGCAGCACUCGAGAUCAUGGACGAGCAGCAGAUGGCGAUCCUCAACGCGCACGGCAGCGCCACAGUGCGCAAGCGGCACUGGGCCGAGCAGCCAACGCUCUUCCUCAAGUUCUCGGGCACCACCGCGGCCGUGCAAUCCGACGCGGCGCGCACCGCCGCCUUAAUCCAGCAAUCCGUCGGCGACAGCGGUAGCAGCACCUUCCACGUCGCCGGCUCACGGCAGGAGGAAGCGGACCUCUGGGCGGCGCGCAAGGAGUCACUCUUCACGAUGACAAGCACGCGGCCGGCGGGGUACGAGAUGUGGUCGACCGACGUGGCGGUGCCGGUGUCGCGGCUGGCCGAGAUGAUCGCGUGGUCGCAGGCCGAGUGCGGGAAGCUGGGCAUCUUCUCGUCCGUGAUCGGGCAUGUCGGGGACGGGAAUUUCCACGUCGCCAUGAUCUAUGAUCCGCGCGAUGCGGUGCAGAAGGCUGCUGUGGCUGGGUGUGUGCAUCGUAUGAUGGGUAAGGCGCUCGAGUUGGAGGGGACGGUUAGUGGGGAGCAUGCGAUUGGGAUUGGGAAAAAGGACUGUCUGCGUGACGAGCUUGGAGAGGAGACUAUUGGGGUGAUGAGGGCGCUCAAGCGGGCCGUGGAUCCAAAGGGGGUGAUGAAUCCGGGCAAGGUGUUUGACUAA